AUGGCGAACACGUUUCGCGCGGUGACGGUGUCGACGGUGAGUGGCGAGGGCGCACUCACAGCGCGCUUCAAUUUUCCUACAAACGUAAACGUGGAUUACGACCCGCAAGGGCUGAGUGUAAAAGUGAUUCGUGCGGACCCAGUGCUGGCACAGGAGGUGCUCGAGUUUCCCGUGCACAGUCAGAGUGAGUGUUCGCGUGUCGCAGGCCAAUCGUACAUAUUCACGAUCGACAAUGAAACGCUAUUCUUCAAGUUCGCGUCUGACGCCGACUGUCAAGCCUUCCACCUGCUCGUUUCGAAGACGAAGGCAGGCAGGUCAUCGUCUGUGUUUACAGUGCGCACGGAAGAUUCCUCAGCGAUGCAGUACUUCCAGUUUUAUGGUUACUUGAGCCAGCAGCAGAACAUGAUGCAAGACUACGUGCGCACCAGCACGUACCAGCGCGCCAUACUCUCGAACAUCAAUGAUUUCAAGAAUAAAGUAGUGUUAGACGUGGGAGCGGGCUCUGGUAUUCUCUCGUUCUUCGCUGCACAAGCGGGAGCUCGCAAAGUGUAUGCGGUGGAAGCCAGUAACAUGGCUCACCACGCGCAGGCGUUAGUGAGGGCCAAUGGUCUCCACGACCGCAUCACUGUAGUCGCGGGCAAGAUUGAAGAAAUUGAGCUCCCAGAGAGUGUAGACGUAAUUAUUUCAGAGCCCAUGGGCUACAUGUUAUACAAUGAACGUAUGUUGGAAACGUAUCUACACGCCAAGAAGUGGCUGAAACCAAAUGGUAACAUGUACCCCACGAGAGGAGACCUGCACAUAGCACCCUUUACUGAUGAUGCUUUGUUUAUGGAACAAUAUAACAAAGCUAACUUCUGGUACCAGACUUGCUUCCAUGGUGUAGACUUGAGUGCAUUGCGCACUGCAGCAAUGAAGGAGUACUUUAGACAGCCUAUUGUAGACACAUUUGAUAUUCGUAUUUGUAUGGCUCGAUAUACGGGCGCGCCGGCGGCGCCUCCUCCAGGUGUGAACAGCAGCUCGCCUAGUGAAACUUACUGGAACUCUAUUGAGUCAACUGCUUCACUGAGCAAUGGACAAGGAGUGAUGCUAACUGAUGCAACCCAGCAAUACUGCUCUACACCUGACCAGACCAUUGCUUAUGGAACACAUCCCAAUAUGAUCAAAACAGUGAUGCUACAGGAGGAAUUCAUCAAGAGGAUCGGAAUAAGUCAAAAUGGGGACAUAUAA